AUGGCGCCCUCACGGACAGACACCACCACCAGCAGAGAGUUCAUCGGCUCCAGCUCUCCAGCUUCAGAAGUCAAAAUCACAGGCUUCAAAGCUCACGACCUGAGAUUUCCCACCAGCUUGGACCUCUCCGGCUCAGAUGCCAUGAACCCCGGCCCCAACUACAGCGCCGCAUACAUCAUCCUCCAAACAAACACAGAUCUCCAAGGCCAUGGCUUCGCAUUCACCAUUGGCCGCGGCAACAACCUCUGCACAGCCGCAGCCGAGAUGAUUGCCGAGCGCCUCGUCGGAAAGACACUCGCCGAACUAACACAAAACAUGGGCCAAACCUGGCGGCAUCUCGUGUCAGAUUCACAGCUUCGUUGGGUCGGUCCGGAAAAGGGUGUCAUUCAUCUCGGCCUCAGCACGUGCGUCAAUGCCGUCUGGGAUCUCUGGGGCCGAUAUCUGAACAAGCCGGUCUGGAAGAUUGUCGCCGACAUGACGCCGGAGGAAUUCGUCAACUGCAUUGAUUUCCGGUACAUUGUCGAUGCCAUCACUCCGGAGGAAGCCAUUACUCUGCUGCGUGAGCAAGAUAAGACAAAGGCGGCACGGCUAGAAGAAGCACGCAUCAGCAGAGCCGUGCCAGCGUACACAACGCAAGCGGGAUGGCUGGGCUUUUCUGAUGAGAAGAUGGUGCAGUUGAUCAAGUCGAAUCUUGCUCUCGGCAUGGAUAAGUUCAAGUUCAAAGUCGGUGGCAAUCUUGAAGACGAUAUACGCCGGCUGCAGAUUGCUCGCGAUACUAUCGGAUACGACCGCAUGCUCAUGGUUGAUGCCAAUCAAGUGUGGAGUGUACCUGAUGCAAUUGAGUACAUGCUACAGCUUGUCAAGUAUAAGCCACUCUUCAUCGAAGAGCCCACUUCGCCUGAUGACAUUCUCGGCCACGCCGAAAUCAGAAAAGCCCUGAAGCCCCACGGCGUGGGCGUAGCUACCGGCGAGCACUGCCAAAACCGCGUCAUGUUCAAACAGCUGCUUCAGGCGGGAUCAAUCGACUAUUGCCAAAUCGAUGCUUGCAGGUUAGGUGGCGUUAACGAAGUCAUGGCCGUUCUGCUAAUGGCAAAGAAAUUCAAUGUCCCAAUUGUACCCCACAGUGGAGGCAUUGGCCUCAACGAAUACACGCAGCACCUUGCCCUGAUAAACUAUCUAUGUGUAGCGGGAGAAAAGAGUCUGCUAGAGCACAUCAACUCGUUCCGUGACGUUUUGACAAACCCCUGUCAGACCAAAGACGGUCAUUUCGUCACACCAGACGAGCCAGGAUACAGCGUAGAGUAUACGCCAGAGGCGAUAGAGAAGUACACAUACCCGUCGGGCAGCUUCUGGAAGAGUGAGCAAGGACAGGCAAUCAUGAAUGAGCCAAAGAUAUAA